CUAAGCGCGCAGUCCCCGAUACAGAAGGACCUGUCCGUCGCCUCAUUUUGCCCCCUUUCUCCAAACCCUACAGGAUAGCUAAAAUCGGUACGACUUACCCUCCCCUCUGUAUUCCACAUUUUGUCUCCUCUAUCACCGGACCACGCUUUUUUGGGAUUGUAUCAUUUUCAAGCUGGACGCACCUGAGAAGAUUCUUUUUAAAUAGCUUUUUAAAGUUACAUUUUGGAAUCUACUGCCACUUUUUUGUCUCUUGUAGAAAGAAAUCUUCAUUUGGGAAACUUACAUUUUUUUAUUCUGUCGUCGCACAAAGGUGUAUUUUUUGUUUAUAUCCAGAAAACAAAUUACCUCGCAUAUUUGAUAUUUUUAUUGUUUGUCCCCUCUGGAGGAAUGCCUGUAGGUUCCGACCUAGAACUCGUAUUGCUUGGUUGACUUAAGGAAUCAUGUCGAGGUGUCGCCACAGAAGUAUUCACCAGAGAAGCGACGCUGGGAGCAGUGGACGUGCACAGCAAAUUGGAAAGUGAGCGAGUUCUAUCCAGCUUCGUAGCGGCACUCUCAACGGGAACUUCCUCCGACUAUAGCCGAGAGCCACCGUUCGCUGGGCUGGAACCGCGGCUCUUGGAGUUACUCACUCUGCUUUCUCCGAGGGAUGGUUCUGGGUCCCCUGCGCCCAGGAGCGACUUGGCGGCUCCUAAAGAAAACGUCUUUCUUGUUUUGGGGGAAAUCGACAUUAAAGGGAGAUGAGAACCGUACUUUUCUACUUCCUUCUCUGUACGUCGUACCUGCUGCUCAAUAAAGCCGAGGAACUUCCACAAGAGCUGAUUGAGCGUCUGUCCCACAGUGAAAUCAACAGCAUCAGCGACCUCCAGCGGCUCCUGGACAUAGACUUUGUCGCAGGUACAGGAAAUGAGGUCAUCGAGGAGCAUAAGGAGAGGCAUCACAAGCACAACUAUUCCCACGCUGCCUUCUCGGAGCUGAAGAGCUCGCAGCUCCAUCGCCGCCGACGGAGGAGCGUAGUGGGUGAGUACGAGGAGGCCGUGCCGGCGGUGUGCAAGACUCGGACGGUGAUCUACGAGAUCCCGCGUAGUCAGGUGGAUCCCACGGCCGCCAACUUCCUCAUCUGGCCGCCCUGCGUGGAGGUCAAACGCUGCACGGGAUGCUGCAACACAGGCAACAUGCGCUGCCACCCCUCGCGCAAGCACCACCGCACCGUUAAGGUGGCGAAGGUGGAGUAUGUGCGGAGGAAGCCGAAGCUGAAGGAGGUGUUCGUGCGGUUAGAGGACCAUCUGGAGUGCGUGUGCACAUCGCAGCAUCACGUGGCCGAGCAUACAGACGCAGACACAGCUGCUCCUCCUCCUCCUCCUACUGCCGCUACUGCAGGCCGUGCCCACGGCCACGGCCACGGCCACGGCCACCGCAGGGGGGCCAAGGGGGGUAAAAAAGGGAGCAAACAAAACCACAACCCCAACAGCAAGAGAAAGAGCAAGAGCCGAGAGAGGCUCACCAAGGAGUCCCUCCUGGCCACAUAGCCACACAGAGAGAGAGUCGAGUCAAAGCAGCCAAGUCAAAACAAACAGUAAAAUACUCAUAAAAAAAAAGAGCUGGGUGCGUACCGCUCUCCUGGACCCCAGACACCAGCAGUGGACAUGAGGUGAGGCCACACCACGGGACGAGUGAGGGGCAGGGCCAGCACAGAAACACAGGAAGUAGUCCGGAGAGAGAACGAACUCACUGACCCCCACUUGACCCUUCACCCCUGACCACAUGUCACCACCAAAAAUAAACAACAACAACAACAACAACAACCACCACAACAACAACAACAACACCAAGAACACUCCAGACAGACAUAACAUUUGAUGAAAGACUAAAAUCAAAUCAAUGCAAAUACCAAAGGUGCUUUUCUUCCCCGACCCCGUAACCCGAGAGGACUUCAAUCUGCGGGACCUGGCAGACCCUGCCAGUCAAACACUAAUGAAAGGCGUGAUGAAAUGAUGACGAUGAUGAGGACAUUGGAGGGUUGGAGUGAGGGGAGAAAGGGAGAGGUGGCGAGGGGAGGGUGUGCUUGUUGUGCUGCUAUGUGUGUCCAAGCCAGAAUGACUUUCGCAAAGGAUGGACAUUGGACACACACACACACACACACACACACACACACACACACACACACACACACACACACACACACACACACACACACACACACACACACACACACACACACACACACACACACAUGGACACACACAGACACAAACACGCACGGACACACACACACAUGCAUCGACACACACACACACACACACACAAACACACUCAUAAACGCAUAUCCACAAAUUCGCACACAUGAACCCAUGUACGUACACUCAAAGGAGAACUGUGACAGUCUCUAACUUGUAACACAUGUAAAAACUGCUUAAGGAACUGAAAAAGAAAGGAUGUGGAGAGAAAGAGAAGGGCAUUCUCUUCUGGGAACGAUUCUGCUCUAAGUGUUUGGGACUCCCUGUUAUUUUUUAUUUUUUUUUGCCAGUCUUGGCCCUGUGCUCCGCAGUCGCAGCUGUUGUUGUCGGAGCUACAGUACUGUAACGGUGCCGUGCCGGAGCCGUGCCGGAGCCGUGCCGGAGCCCAAACGUAACUCUCCACUCCCUCAACCCACCCCACCCCACCCCAGCCCACCUCACACCCUCCACCCUCCACUCUUCCGGGGUCUCCUCUUCUCUUCUCUCCUCUUCUCUUCUCUUCUCUUCUCUCCCCCCUGGAGCGCGCCCACCCCCCCCUCUCCUCUCUCCCCUUGUCUCGUGUUCUCUCUGUACCGUGGGAGCCCCUUCCUAGCCUGAUUAUUAUCAACUUUCAACCAAGAGCAUAACAAUUCCAAAUGGUUUCCCAAAUGGCACGGUUGACCCACCUCCCUAGGUUUGCUAUUGGUGGACUGGGGUCCGACAAAGUGGGUGGAGUUCCCCAUUUUUUCGGGAGAUCAGAAAAGAUAUUUGCAUUGCUCUUGGCCUGACUGCCCCCUUCCCAUGCCUGCCCUGCCUGCCCUGCCGACAUGGACACUCCAGGCUGAGGCAGGAGAGACUCACGUGGCCUCCUACAGUGACACUCCACAAAUAAACUAUUUAUACACACACAAGCAUUUGACUCUCUCUCUCUCUCUCUCUCUCUCUCACUCUCUCUCUCUCUCUCUCGCUCGCUCUUUUUCCCCCUCUCUCCCUCUUCUUCGAUCCCUUGCUCUGUUUCUACUCUUCUGCCGAAACAGAAACAUUGUAAAGCCCCAUUUUUUUUCUUCUUCCGCUCCUCCGCUGCUCUGGAAAGAGUUCAUCUGUACAUCUGUAUUUUGUAGCUGUUGACAUGACAACCAUGUUUUAUUUUGUGUUCUUUCUUUCAUUGUUUGAUGAUGAUGACGAUGACGAUGACGAUGACGAUGAUGAUGAUGAUGAUGAUGAUGAUGUUAAUGAUGAUGUCGUUGCGUAUAAACUACAUAGUGUAUCGGAUACGAUCUCAGAAACUAGUAGCUCAACUGGCUGGAAAAAUAUGUCAAUAAUGUUGAGGAAAAAAAAGACAGGUUGACAGAAAAGGAAGAUGCUUUAUUUUUGUUAAGAAAAUAUAUUAUGCUUACCCAUAUACAAGCAGGACGUAUGAUUUCCUUUUCUUUUUUUGUCCCCCUUUCAUUGUGCCAUUUGCAAAGUGUGUCUCUGCGAAUGCAUGUCCUUGACUGAGUGUGUGAGCAUUCGUGUGCACGGUUGUGUGUGAAAGACUGAAUGAGUGUGUACAUAUGUGCGUGUGUGUGUGUUGUAAAAUCUGUGUGUGUGUGUUUGGUUGUGUGUGUGUGCGUAUGUAUGUGUGUGCGUGUGUGUAUGUGUGCAUGUUUGUGUGUGCGUGCGUGAGUGUAUGCGUGUGUGUGUGCAUGCAUGCAUGCAUGCGUGUGUGUGUGUGUGUCUGUGCAAAUGUGGGUGUGCAUGCCUGCCUACGUGUUUUACCAGUGGAAUGUGGACUGAACAAAAUGUAGCACAGAGAUAUUGAGUGAGGGUGGGGGACCAGGCCAGCACAGGAAUGUGUGUACAAGUAUAACACACACACACACACACACACACACACACACACACACACACACACACACACACACACACACACACACACACA